AGAAAACGAAGAAGAGUCAUUUCCUGUUAGUUGAUUUCACGUACUUAUUUUCAGCGAAAAGUUGUCGAAUUUUACUCUCUAACUACACAAAUGUACAACAUGUUUCCUUGGCUGGGCCCUUUUCUUAAAAACUGGAGGGAUGCGAUGAAGAAUGUGGAGGCCAACAGGGAGGACAUAAAAAGCUUAAUAGCUGACCUGAAGGAGACUCUGAACCCUGAGAUGUGCAGAUGCUUUGUUGACGCAUUCCUGAGCCAUAAGCUAAAUGUGGAGGAGUCUGAAAUCAAGGAUUCACACUACCAUGAUGAGAACCUGGUCAACAGUGUGAUGAAUCUGUUUGCAGCUGGGACUGAUACUACAGGAAAUACACUUCAGUGGUGUUUACUUUUUAUGGCCAAGUACCCUCAUUUCCAAGACCAGGUCCAGGCAGAACUGAGCAGGGUGGUUGGUAGCCGACAGGUCAGAGUAGAGGACAGGAUGAACCUGCCGUACACUGAUGCUGUCAUCCAUGAGACACAGAGACUGGCCAGCAUUGUCCCCAUGUCCAUUCCUCACAAAACCAGCCGAGACGUCACCUUCCAGGGCUACUUUAUCAAAGAGGGGACUACUGUGUUUCCUCUUCUUACUUCUGUCCUGCAUGAUGAAAACGAGUGGGAGAGCCCACAUACCUUCAACCCUUCCAAUUUCCUGGAUAAGGAGGGUAAAUAUAUCAGGAGAGAUGCCUUCAUGCCCUUUUCUGCAGGUCGCAGGGUGUGUCUUGGGGAAAGUCUGGCUAGGAUGGAGCUCUUCCUUUUCUUCACCUCCCUCCUCCAGCACUUUCGUUUCACUCCUCCACCUGGAGUUACAGAGGAUGAACUGGAUCUGACACCAGCUGUGGGCUUCGUCCUCGCCCCUUCACCUCAUGAGCUGUGUGCCGUCAGUCACCAAUGAGGAAAUCCUAAACAUGCUACAUUGUUACAUUUGCCUGUAUUCUGGCUUCUAGGCCACUGUUGAUUAUUUUCAUAAAUGGAUGUAUUUGGGUUUGUAUUUUGUAAUUUGUCAAGGGUUUAAUUUCUUAUAUUGCAAAACAUGGCAGAAACAUGUCAUAUUACUAUAAAUGAAUGUUGACUUGCUUCUCGA